GUCUGAUGGGUCGGAGAGAUGCAGAAGGCAGGACCGAUGUAGAAAAAUUCCGGAAAAACAUUGGUAGGUUUUGACUUGACCGCGAGGUUUCAAUGAUUUUAAACACAUCGAUGUACCCUGCUUUUAUAAGGCCUUACUCUCGUUCAGAUAACUUAACAUCUGUAGCAAUUACUGGUGAGUAAGUCUGCGCUGUGUUGUUUUGUUGUUUCUUUGGAAGCUUGAACCUAAAAUAUACUAACAUCCACGUUUUCUGGAGAGGCUGUACAAACUUUUCAGUAUAGAAUUGAUUCGAUUCAGCGCACGGGGUGCUUUAUAUAUAUUUACUUUUGGUACCUCGAGGAAGGGCGCUUAUUCGAGACAGAGCGCUUAUUCGGGACAGGGCGCUUAUUUAUUUUUUGAGAAACAACCGAAUGUCCAAAACAAAACUUUAAUAUUUAUUUGAAAAGGAACAAUAACAAACUGUAACGGUAACAAAUAUACGGUGAAUGUUCAUUUAAUGUGAGAGAAUUUUAAUCUACCUACGCCGAUAGCUUUGACAGUGUCACCUACAUCAAUACCGGAAAUAAAAGUUUCUGGUGUGGUACCUUCGAUGUCCAGUUCGUUGAUUUCCUCAAAAGGAUCGUUGUCGCGUGAAAAUAACGGUAACAACUGUAUGGUGAAAUUUCACGAGUUAAUCUUUUUGAUGUCAAUACCGUCAGUGUCACUCACAUCAAUAAUCAAGCUUUCUGGUGCGACAUCUUAGAUGUCCAAUUUGGUGACGCUGUCGAAAGGAUCGAUUAGAAUGGGGGCGCUUAUUGUAAUCGGGGCGCUUAUUAACAAAAACAUAUUUGAAGGAGGGCGCUUAGUUAAAAGGGGGUGCUUAUUGGAAGGAUGGGGCUAAAUCAAAUCAUUACAGUAAAGAGUGUCCACGAUAAUGAUACUAAAAGUCAUUUCUCUUUAUUACCAAUUGAAAGAUUUUAACCCCCCAUUUUGUUUCUGAUUGUUUUUUUCCUAUUCACUUCAGUCACAUGUUUAGCUGCUAUUUAGUGAUGUUUGGUUCCUGGGGUGUGAUUUCAGAAGACCCUGGGUACUGGUCAUUCAGUGAGAAGGGAGAGGAGGGUGUGAGGGGGCGAACAAAUUAUGUGGGGAGCUAGAGCAGCGCCUGGUGGGAAGUGGUUGGUGAUAGGGUCUAUGGUAAAGAAAAGUCUUUAAAUUUCAGGUAUUUGGAAGUUGAAAUCUGUGAGAAUGCUUUAGCUUGUUGGGAUGAAUUGUUUAUUUAUGAUGUUAUCCAGUGAGGCCCAGCCACAUAACAGACAGUACAACAGUACGACAAUAUUGUUAGAGGUUCAAAAGUCAACUGCUGGAGCAAGAGACUGAUCACAGAAAAUGUUUGUUAUAAUUACAGGCAUGUUACAUGAUGCUGAAUGCAGAAAUUGUAUUAUAAAAUACAGAAAUAGAGGUUUUGGUUGAUCAUUUCAAUAGCUACAUGUAGUUUUAAAUGAUUCAUGGUGGUACAAACAUUAACUUCCAGAUGGUAUUUAUGCAAAGGAGACUUAAUAUUCUCAGAAAGGCUGCAAAGUCAUUAUUGUUUUACUAUAAUGUGGGCUAACAGCUGUUUAAUGUUGCUGGAGAACAUAGUUAAGAGAGGAACCUCUAUUUAGAGGACACUCUUGGGACUGAGGCAAGUGCCNAAUAAUCAAGCUUUCUGGUGCGACAUCUUAGAUGUCCAAUUUGGUGACGCUGUCGAAAGGAUCGAUUAGAAUGGGGGCGCUUAUUGUAAUCGGGGCGCUUAUUAACAAAAACAUAUUUGAAGGAGGGCGCUUAGUUAAAAGGGGGUGCUUAUUGGAAGGAUGGGGCUAAAUCAAAUCAUUACAGUAAAGAGUGUCCACGAUAAUGAUACUAAAAGUCAUUUCUCUUUAUUACCAAUUGAAAGAUUUUAACCCCCCAUUUUGUUUCUGAUUGUUUUUUUCCUAUUCACUUCAGUCACAUGUUUAGCUGCUAUUUAGUGAUGUUUGGUUCCUGGGGUGUGAUUUCAGAAGACCCUGGGUACUGGUCAUUCAGUGAGAAGGGAGAGGAGGGUGUGAGGGGGCGAACAAAUUAUGUGGGGAGCUAGAGCAGCGCCUGGUGGGAAGUGGUUGGUGAUAGGGUCUAUGGUAAAGAAAAGUCUUUAAAUUUCAGGUAUUUGGAAGUUGAAAUCUGUGAGAAUGCUUUAGCUUGUUGGGAUGAAUUGUUUAUUUAUGAUGUUAUCCAGUGAGGCCCAGCCACAUAACAGACAGUACAACAGUACGACAAUAUUGUUAGAGGUUCAAAAGUCAACUGCUGGAGCAAGAGACUGAUCACAGAAAAUGUUUGUUAUAAUUACAGGCAUGUUACAUGAUGCUGAAUGCAGAAAUUGUAUUAUAAAAUACAGAAAUAGAGGUUUUGGUUGAUCAUUUCAAUAGCUACAUGUAGUUUUAAAUGAUUCAUGGUGGUACAAACAUUAACUUCCAGAUGGUAUUUAUGCAAAGGAGACUUAAUAUUCUCAGAAAGGCUGCAAAGUCAUUAUUGUUUUACUAUAAUGUGGGCUAACAGCUGUUUAAUGUUGCUGGAGAACAUAGUUAAGAGAGGAACCUCUAUUUAGAGGACACUCUUGGGACUGAGGCAAGUGCCCCCUGAAUGGAGGAUGGGCUGGGAUUUGUUAAUAAUUAACAAACAAAGGUGAUGUAUAUUUUUUAUAAAUUCUGCCACAGAAUUUGCUGCAGCCAUUAUAAAGCAGCUCGAUAAUGUAUAAAAAACCGUGAUAAACUUGUCUGUGUGAUAUAGUGUGUUGAAUUUUCGCAAGUGCAGUACAUUGAUUUAAUUGAGAUAGUUCAUUUUGUUAUUAAAGCUGACAUCACUGUGAUUAGUGUGAACCUAAAAUUAUCAAGUGAUCCCUUUUUGUUGUCAGUUUAUUUUUGGGUGCUGAAUGUCCCCUGAAUGGAGUUUAAACUUAGGUUUUGGGAUCCAGAAAAAGUGUACCUUUCCUCUGAAUAGAGGUGUCCCUUCAAUAGAGGUAUUUAACAGAUACAUACAAAGAUUAACUGAACAUCUGUCCAGGGCCAAUUUUUGCAUCCCCUGAAUGGAGCUGUCCCUUGAAUCAAGGUGUCCCAAAGGCAGGCUUCAGUGUAUGAGUUUUAUAGCGCUUGUGGUGAAUUCUUCUAAUAUUAUUAUGAAAACUUGUACACAUUAGAGAACGAGUCACAGGAGUCGCUCACCUUGUCGGAGAACACUUUCAACCCAAAUCAUGUGACUGUACAGCAUCAUUUGAAACUUUGUUGAAUUUUAUAACCCCUGGGUUAAUUAGCGUUGCUUUUUGUUUCCUGUACUGAUUAAAUAGGUAAACAGGAGUUCAAAGGUCGUAGUAAGAAGAAAACAUUGUCUAUUCGCGACAAAGCUCAGUCCAAGAGAUCAACUGGAAAAACUGUCCAGGUACAUAUUAAAUUACUGCAGCCAAGUACAGCUUAAUAAUGCUUAGAAACAGUAUUGCUCUUCACCUUGCUGGAGUGAUGGGAUUGGGCCGUUUUUGCAAGGAAGGGGUUUUGAAAAAGAAAGGACAGAAGGGGAAUGUCUAUUAGAUAAAAGAUACAUGGCCUAAUAAUUAUUAUUUCCCGCUUGGCAAUCUAAUAUGGACAUGUAUUUUGAGUUAACUUACCUCUGCCUUUUUCAGGUUAUUGUGUUGUAUCUGCUUGCCAUCCUUGCUCUGCUUGUGUCACUUUACUUUUUGUUUUAUGUGAUUUACUCAAGCAACAAAGGAGAGCAGACAUCUCACUGAUUAAACCAAGGAGGAAAAUUUGAUCCAAGGCCACUUUGACUUUAAUAGAAAGGUAUGUACAUGUACCAUGUGUAAUUCAUUGCUUAUACUGCACACAUGCAGUGACUUCUUUCAAAGGUGUCCUGCAACACAGGUGUUAUUUGGGUUACUCACUCUACUUGCCAGCUUGACUGAAUAUCUUAGCUUGUUUUCCACACGCAUUGUUUGCAUUUCCUUCUUUCUCCUCUUGUUGGCUUAUCUUUGGUGCCAAUGGUACAGUCCUUAAUAGUAGAAUAUUUUCAACGAGAAGACACGUAGUUCUACAUGUUACUAUAAUUAUCAGCCUUAACAUCUUUAUUCAUCAGGUACCUGAGGUAACAGGGAUUUCUUUCUUUCUACAUGUAGCAUCCAGGGGAACAGGUUUUAACUGGCCAAUGGCUGUUGCCAUGGAAACAAGAAACCCUCACAAAAAAUGUUUGGGACACUUGAGGCAUUAAUUAUUAUGACAAAAGACUUAAUAUUCUCAGAAAGGCUGCAAAGUCAUUAUUGUUUUACUAUAAUGUGGGCUAACAGCUGUUUAAUGUUGCUGGAGAACAUAGUUAAGAGAGGAACCUCUAUUUAGAGGACACUCUUGGGACUGAAGCAAGUGCCUCCUGAAUGGAGAAUGGGCUGGGAUUUUUUAAUAAUUAACAAACAAAGGUGAUGUAUAUUUUUUAUAAAUUCUGCCACAGAAUUUGCUGCAGCCAUUAUAACGCAGCUCGAUAAUGUAUAAAAAGCUGUGAUAAACUUGUCUGUGUGAUGUCGUGUGUUGAAUUUCCGCAAGUGCAGUUCAUUGAUUUAAGUGAGAUAGUUCAGUUUGUUAAAGCUGACAUCACUGUGAUUAGUGUAAACCUAAAAUUAUCAAGUGAUCCCUUUUUGUUGUCAGUCACUUUUUGGGUGCUGAAUGUCUCCUGAAUGGAGUUUAAACUUAGCUUUUGGGAUCCAGAAAAAGUGUACCUUUCCUCUGAAUAGAGGUGUCCCUUCAAUAGAGGUAUUUAACAGAUACAAAGAUUAACUGAACAUCCGUCCAGGACCAAUUUUUGCAUCCCCUGAAUGGAGCCGUCCCUCGAAUCAAGGUGUCCCAAAGGCAGGCUUCACUGUAUGAGUUUUAUAGUGCUUGUGGUGAAUUCUUCUAAUAUUAUUACCGUAUGAAAACUUGUACACAGUAGAGAACGAGUCACAGGACACUCACCUUGUCGGAGAACACUUUCAACCCAAAUCAUGUGACUGUACAGCAUCAUUUGAAAUUUUGUUGAAUUUUAUAACCCCUGGGUUAAGCAUUGCUUUUUGUUUCCUGUACUGAUGAAAUAGGUAAACAGGAGUUCAAAGGUCGUAGUAAGAAGAAAACAUUGUCUAUUCGCGACAAAGCUCAGUCCAAGAGAUCAACUGGAAAAACUGUCCAGGUACAUAAAUUACUGCAGCCAUGCAAGUACAGCUUAAUAAUGCUAAGAAACAGUAUUGCUCCUCACCUUGCUGUAGUGAUGGGAUUGGGCCGUUUUUGCAAGGAAGGGGUUAAUAAUAAUAAUAAUAAUAAUAAUAAUAAUAAUAAUAAUAAUACUACGUUUAAUUAAUCAUUUCCUGGAAGAAAAAAAUACACAAGAACAGCCAAAGCCGGGGGCUUAAAUGGCCUGAGGUCAGCAAAAACACUUUGCAAGAGGACGUUAAAUAAUCAAAUCCAUUGGAGAACAAGAUUUGAAGAAAACCAAAAAAAAUCAAUAUGCAGAAUAGCCAAAAGUUGAAGUUCAGAGUCAGAACUUAACUGAAGUUAAGUUAAGUUGGGUUUUGAAAAAGAAAGGACAGAAGGGGCAUGUCUAUUACAUAAAAGAUACAUGGCCUAAUAAUUAUUAUUUCCUGCUUGGGGAUCUAAUAUGGACAUGUAUUUUGAGUUAACUUACCUCUGCCUUUUUCAGGUUAUUGUGUUGUAUCUGCUUGCCAUCCUUGCUCUGCUUGUGUCACUUUACUUUCUGUUUUAUGUGAUUUACUCAAGCAACAAAGGAGAACAGACAUCUCACUGAUUAAAUCAAGGAGAAAAAUUUGAUCCUAUGCCACUUUGACUUUAAUAGAAAG